UUCGGACCGAAGCUUGUUCAUUUUAAGUUAAACGGUCUUGUUCGUCUUUUUCAGCGUUCUGUCCUUUCAUCAGUCAGUUUGGAAAAGACACUUCUACGUAGCGGCAUCUUGUUGUAAGAUCUCUGAAUCAAAAUGCGUUCUUUAAUAUUUUGUACAUUUUUCUUGGUUCCUGUGGCAUUUACCGUUGGUAAUUCUGGCUUUGUGACAGAAGUCAACCAGAAUUACCACAGUAAAAUCAACAGCCAAAUCAACCAGCAGAUAACGCUGGAACAUCAGGCCAGUUACCUCUACAAGACAUAUGCAUCAUACUUCGGGAGAGCCGACGUGGCACUGAAAGGUUUCAAGAAGUUCUUUAGCGACAUGUCCAAAGAGGAGAAUGACCACGCCGACCAGCUGAUAGAGUACGUCAACAGCCGAGGCGGGUCGCUCCAGUACAGCAAUAUUGAGCUGACGAGUGUGUGCAAUAAAAUCCAAGACGAAGUGAAGAGGACAAAGGACGAUCUAACCACGAGGGGCAGCAUAAGGGAGGGGUACGCCCCACUGGACGAGAGGGAAUACCCAUGUAUCUGCUACUUCAUGUCGCAAAAAAGAGACGAGUUGAAAAAAGAUCCAAUUUGUUCCAUGAGUAACCGGGAUGACUGGAAGAAUGGGCUGAUGGCAAUGGAGGACGCCCUGAUAAUGGAAAGGUACGUCAACGAGGAGCUGCUCGCACUGCACAAGAAAGCCGAACACUUUGGUGAUGCCCACCUGUCGCACAUUUUGGAACAUCCAUUCAUCGAUGAGCAAGUGAGUUCAAUCAAGCAGUUUGCCGACUACAUCACUCGGUUGAGGAAGUUUAAGAACGACUACAAUAUGGGUGAAUUCCUCUUCGAUCAGAAGCUGCAGUAACUUAAGUCUUCCAUUCAGCAUGAGAGGGACCUUCUUGAAACGCUCAAAGCGUACAAAUCAUGACAUGUUCAAAGCAUAUAAUGCACAAAGAAUAUAGGUUUUUAUCAAAUAAAUUAUUUUGGCAAGUCACCUGAAUCAGUGUUUUAUUUAAAUUAUGCCAUCACCACUUUGUUUCCAUUUUAAUAAAGGAUAUAAAGGGCAUAGAAAGAUCAGGCAAAUGAUUUUUGAGUUCUAUUGCUAAUGCCACAACUAAGAUGCAAUUUUAAAUUACCGUUUCUGAAACUCUGGAACAACAGACAUAAUUAUCAGCAGCACAUCGACCAAUACACAAUUAACAAAAUAAAAUCACAUAAACUGAAUGGUCAGUUAUCACAGUAAGAUGUUUUUUGGAUGCCCAAUUUAGACAUUUCAUGUGCACGAUUGUUAUUAACCAAGUUUAUGUAACCCAUAUAUUUAGAGAUCUUGAAUAAAUUACAAUUAUACAUGAUAAUGAUCCGUGGUCUGUUUUGUAGUUACUUCAAAUGUAUUUUGAUCACAUUUGUAUUCGGAAGCAAUAAAAUAUUUGAUCCUU